AUGUGCGUUUCCGUUGCUAGUGGUACAUUUACUUUCCCUGAGGAUGAACAUACACCGAUGGUCAUGGCAGGGCUUGGUACUGGUAUCGCUCCUAUGCGAGCCUUUGUUCAGGAUCGCAUGUACAAGAAGCAGGUCCUUGGGAUCGAAACUGGCCCGAUGGUGGUAUUCUAUGGCUGCCGUCACGAGAAGGAAGAAUUCCUCUAUCGCGAGGAAUGGAAGAAGUUUGAGGAAGCUGGUGUGCUAACAAAGAUGGUCAAUGCGUUCUCGCAUGAUCAAGAUCAUAUGAUAUUCGUGCAGCACAAGAUUGCUGAGAAUCCCGAGCUUAUCUACAAGUACAUGUGCGAGCAAGAGGGGUACUUCUACUUCUGUGGCCCUGCCAUUGCAGUCGCUGAUGUCGAGUCUGCCGUGAAAGGUGCUGUAGAGGAGGUCGGUAAGAAGUCGAAGGAUUCGGUCGAGGAAUGGUUUGACGAGGAUAUUAAGGCUAAGAAACGCUACUCUACUGAAGCUUAUUAA